AGAACUUUUUUUUUUCUUUUUCUGUUUCCUCUUUUUAUAUUUUUGGGGGCUAAAGUUAAUUGCUUGCAUGAAUAAAGGAUUCUGUGACCAAUUAGUGUGUAAUUGAGUGCAUCUCUCUCUCUCUCAUCUCUAUGGUCUUCUCUGUUGGUGUUGUAAUUGGCUUUCUGCUUGAAUCUAUGGUUUGACACUGUUGUUUUAUGUUUUACAUUUUCUUGUAUGGUGGGAAGGGGGCAUGGGCAUCCAUUCUAUCAAAAUUUAUCUGUGAACUGGACUGUUCAAUGUAAACCUCUUGUGGUGUCAGUGCAAGAAUGCUCUUAAGGGGCUAAUUAAUUUCCAGCAUUGAGUAGAAUAAGCACAUUUUUUUUUAUUGCUAAUAAUUUCAUUUGUGCUAUUUAGGAGAAUGAUAUUUUGAAAUAUUUUGGGGUACUUUUUUGUACUAUGAAUACUCAUUGUCUGCUUAGGUUAUUUUUAUAAUUGUGUCCUUUCCUAAGUUGCUAGAUCAAAUGUGGGAAGGGAAACAAUAACCUAUUAAAGUAAAUAUUGUUUAUGUAAUUGGACCAAAAAUGAUGGCGACUUUUAAUAUUAAAGGAACAAGUUUAAACUAACUAGAUGCACCUAUUCAUUGAACAGGAAUGGGAACUUUUAUUUUUAAGAUUGUAAUAUUAAAUUUUAUGAAAAAACCAAAUUAGUUAUUUUUUUACAGCAUCUUAGAUAUAAAUUUGUUGUAGCAAUAUAUGCAAAUAAGCUCAAAAUAUAUGAAGCAGGAGAGUUAUUUAGCUUAUUAAUGAAAAAUAAUUACAGAAUUGAUAAUAUGGAAAAGUAGAUUUGUAUUUUCAAAAGAUCUUAGUUUUUGUCUUUUCACUUGAUUGUUGGUCCAUCAAAAGAAGGUUGCUCCAUGUGAGCUGUUUUGUAAGAAUGUUUUUUAUCCCCAACCUUGAUUCUUACAGAUUUGAUUCAUAAAGCAAUUGACAAUGUUGUGGUAUCUUAAUACGUUGCAAUUAUAUAUCAUUGAAGACAGCAAAUAGACAAAUAAGUAGAUAAAUAGGUUGGUGGCACGGAUGGAGGUAGGUAGUUGAAGUGAUUGAAACUAAAUCUACCACUGUGAGUUGUACGAUGAGAUGGCAUGAAGAGUCAGGUCCUAAAGCAUACUUGUGAUUCCCUCCAUUAUUUACCUUUGAGAUUUAGAAAGUAGUUAGUCAUACACCCAAUUCUAAAUUAGGUAUUUGUGCCAUAAAGUCUGUCAUUGCUGAAUAAAUUUUUAUCAAAUUGGUGAAGGAUUAACUUUCUCACUUGAUCUUUUCAUUGUACAGAGUUGGGAUGUCUGGAGUAGUAGUUUGAUACAGUGAUGCAUCUCCACAGAUAUUUGAGUAAAGCUAUAUGCCGUGCCCUAGAUUUUUACUAUGUACUUAAAUGCAAGUUAUGACGUUGAGCAUUCACAUUCUACACAAAGAAUACAGCAUGAGCUGUGGCCUCUAGAUCCAAUUGAUCCAAAGAAGGCAAAGUUUCCAUGUUGUUUGGUUUGGAAUCCACUUCCUGUGGUGUCAUGGUUGGCUCCCUUCAUUGGUCAUGUUGGCAUUUGCAGGGAGGAUGGAGUUGUUUUAGAUUUUUCAGGAUCAUAUCUUGUGAAUGUUGAUGAUUUUGCAUUUGGUCCAGUGGCAAGAUACUUGCAACUCGAUCAUAGACAGUGUUGCUUCCCUCCUAACCUAUCUGCGCAUACAUGCAAGCAUGGUUACCUGCAUGCUGAGUAUGGUACUGCAAUCACAUGGGACCAUGCAUUACAGACAAGUUUGCUGUAUUUUGAGAACAAAACUCACAACCUUUUCACUUGCAACUGCCACUCGUUUGUCGCGAACUGUCUGAAUCGACUGUGUUAUGGUGGAUCAAUGAGUUGGAAUAUGGUGAAUGUAGGAGCUUUGGUACUAUUCAAGGGGCACUGGGUUGAUUUCAGGUCAAUUGUAAGGUCUUUCUUGCCUUUUAUUGUGGUUGUUUGCUUAGGUGUUUUUAUGGUUGGAUGGCCCUUCUUACUUGGGCUACUAUCCUUCUCUUUACUCUUAAUAGGGUGGUUUAUAUUGGGUACUUACCUAUUUAGAAACUUAUUAGAGUGCUAAAAUGGUCUGUUGAGUUGAAAGAUGGUCAUGAUUUGUGUUCCCUCUUCACCAAAUAACAAGUUUAAAUGUUGUUAUUUGAACAAGAAAUAGUUAUCUCUUAUGGAAAGUUAAUGAAAUAACUUUUAAAAGUGUACUUUGAGGCCUCAUUAGACCGUGCAUUAUGCAAUUGCAUUGCCUUGUUGGUGAAACUGUUCUAGUUGCAGAUUCUCUCAUGUUUCUUUCAAGCAUUGAGAUGAAAAGAUGGGAAGACGUUUAUCAAAUAGUAUUGUUUUGGGAAAUAAUGUGAAGAAUGUACUCCAAUUAAGAAUUUGAAAGCAAUGAGAACUCAUUCAAGAUUGAACGGUA